AGGGUGAGGAGGACGAGAACGAGAGCGAGGAAGGUGAGGAGAGCGGAGUCUGUCCCUCUGAAUCCACUGAAAAGGAGGACAGAGUCUAUCUCUCUGAAUUCAUUCUCAAACACCAACAUGAGGACCAGAGCAAAGUUCAGAGGGAACCAUUACUAGGAUCAUCACUAACUCCAGAAUCGGAGGCAGAAUCUGGUUACAGCGGUUUGUCCUUCAGGAGCGAUCGGUCAAAGGAUAUCAUUAUUCGUUUUAAAUCAGACCAACCUCCAGCUGUAAGAAGGAGCCCUGUAGGAUCAGACUCUCCUUUAUCUCCGCAAAGUUAUGCAUCCCGUGGGAGCAACAGGUCAACAGACAUCGACCUGGAGUUCAAUUUUCGGCGUCCAAUUCCUCCUGAGAGUUAUAGAAGGACCAAUGAGGAGGUCCAAUGCCAGCAGGAGGUCAUGCGCCAGCAGGAAGUUCAACACCUGCAGGAGGUCAUACGCCACCAGGAGGCUCUCCUACGCCACCAUGAGGUUCAACGCCAGCAGGACAUUAAACUACGCCAACAGAAAGUUCAACACCAGCAGGAGGUCAUACGCCAGCAGGAGGCUCUCCUACGCCACCAGGAGGUUCAACACCAGCAGGACAUUAAACUACGCCAACAGGAAGUUCAACACCAGCAGGAGGUGAUAUGCCAGCUGGAGAUCCAGUUGCAGGCCGCGCGAAAGGCCAAACGAAAGGCCAUGCAGGAGGCUGAGAGGGAGCUCAAGCUUAAACGUCUUGAAGAUCAACAACAUUUGAAGUCUGGAAAGAAUAAUUCACACAAAUCAAAAAGGAAACCUCCAGGAUCGACUCCUUCAUCACCUGAUAGCAUGUCGGUUGAUGACUUCAUCCGCUUAAUGACUGAGGAUGAACCGACCCUACCAGGAUUUUGUCCCUUUGCCAUCUGAGGAUGAGUCUUCGGAUCCAUCUAAGGACAAGGACAAGCAAAACGAUCAGAAGUGAACAGAAGACCUUCACUCUGCAGCUGCAGCCAGCAGAUCCAGGAUCAGGUUAACGCUAAUAUGACGAUAAAUGCAACUUUUUAUUACUCGCUAUAUUCAUCAUGGACUAUAAUCUGACGUCAAUUAAUCUGACAUCAUCAAUUAAGGCUGACAUCAAUUAGUCAGCCUUAAUUGAUGUCAGAUUUUUAUCUGACAUUAUUAAUUAAUUGAUGAUGUCAUAAUCAUUAAUUGAUGCAACUUUUUAUUACUCGCUAUAUUGA